CACCACACCUGGAAUUGUUAUUCAAUACCAGCAGUGCCUUGCAAUCCACUUCCCAGCCCCAACCCAGUUACUCAUCCGAAUCGCCGGGUCAAUUUAUCCUUUCGAACCUUGCCACCUUGGUUGUGGAGCCUACGUUGCUGUAUCGGGAACCACCGUCGUCGUUGCGCCCCGCCCCGCGUUAUGUCGCCCUUCGGGCGGAAGAAGCCUAGCGAGGAGGCUUCCUCGAGCUCUGAAAAGCGGCCCAGUCGCUUGAAAUUCUGGCGCAGGCCGAAACUGGGCGGUCCAGGCAAGGCCGCGCCUGCCAAGGAUGACUACGAGCCAAACAAUGAAAUCAUCAUUCCCGAACCCUCUAGUUUGUUUCGAAUCACCGACGAACCCAAAUUAUCGAAUGCUCCAACGCCAGCACCUCCCGAACCGUCCCCAACAAGCAACAACAAAGAUGGCGGAACGACGGCGACGAAUUCGGAAUCUUUGUGGGAUAUGGCGUACGAAGCCCUUCGGAAAGAGAAGCCAGAAGUAGUGCAGGCCUACGAGGAACUGCUGUCCAAAAUGUCGACUUGCCUGGCGAACACAUCUUCCACGACCGACCUGAACGAAGUCCUUUCCAAAGCGGCCAGCGAUCCGGUAAACACACCUUUCGCGUCCAACACCGGAACAGCGGACUAUCAAGCGCAAAAUGCUACAAUUCGACGGGAUAUGAUGACGGACAUUAUCGCUUUAGGCCGCAAGCACAUGGAAGGGAAACAGAUCGCCUUCAAGAUCGGAUCGCAUAAAUUUGUACUUCAAGAUCAAGUGCAAAAUCUUGUUGCCGGCGUCCAAUUUGGAAAGGACUGGAUCGGUGAGGCGGUGCAAGCCAGCCCGCCGGCGAGCAUAGCCUGGGCAGGCGUUUGCCUGCUUCUGCCCCUCCUGACCAACCCUAAAGAAGUGGAGGCAGCCAACGAAAAGGGCCUCGCGUAUGUCACCCUAAAGAUCCGGUACUACACAGCUAUGGAAUCGCUUUUCCUGGACAAACAGGCUUUUUCAGCAGCCGUAAAGCAGGAGUACCGAAAUCUCCUUAUCGAACUCUAUCAGGCUAUCAUCGACUUCCAAGCCCAGAGCGUUUUGCGGUUCUUUAGGGGUCGAUUCAGCAACUUUUUGAGAGAUACCGUGAAAUGGGAUUCGUGGGAAGGAAUGCUUCAAAAAGUCAAAGAGUCGGGACGCAGGGUUGAAAGCAAAUCGUUGCAAAUCAAUGCCGCCUUAAGCAGCGCAGCACUAAGCGAACUCGUUCACUGGGCGAAGCAGUCGGACGAAGAAAAGUGCCUGCAGAGCUUGAGGUGUGGAGAUUAUGCUUGGUACAAAGACCGAGUCCAUGAGCGCGUAUCGGAUACGUGUUUUUGGUUUCUGAACCACGACAGCUAUCAGUCUUGGUUGAAUGACAAAUCUGGCCCACUGCUGGUUUCGGCCGAUCCGGGGUGCGGCAAGUCUGUCCUCGCCAGAUAUCUCAUCGACUCCAGGUUCGACUUCAGACUGCCCAGCGACGCUGCGAUAUGCUACUUUUUCUUCAAGGAAUCGGACCAGAACACAGUCGAAUUUGCUCUUUGUGCUUUAAUCCAUCAGCUGCUUUGUCUGCGCCCCAAGCUGAUGCGCCACGCACUGCCGAGGUAUAAACAGGACGGAGCGGGGCUUGCCAGCAACAUUACUGCGCUCUGGAACAUCUUGGAAAGUGCCACAGCAGACCCAGAAGCCGGGACUGUUCUUAUUGUUUUCGACGCUUUGGACGAAUGCUUGCAAAACGAUCGCAAUAUGGCGACCCUGUCACAAUACAUCCGCACCCAUUUCGAAAAAGGCCCGAAGCAUAUGAAGAUCUUCCUAACCAGUCGACCUUAUCAAGGAACGAUCCGGCACAUUCAGGGGCUCGAAAAGUCUUUUCCCAACAUCCGAAUUAGAGGCGAAGAUGAUUCCGAAACCAUUCGCGAGGAGAUUAAUUCGGUUAUCGAGUACCGAGUGGACCGGAUGGAAUUUGGCGAUGACCUUAAAGCACACCUAAAGCAACGCCUAAUGCACAUCUGUCAGAAAACACUGUCUCUAGUCAUCCAUGAAUCGGAAGAAUGCAUUGUCUCUCCUUUCCUCUGUCCUUCGAAGAGGAUGGUUGUUCUCGUUGAUAUACACAAAGUAUGUGUUUUUGACCACCUAGAAAGCCACGUUAUCAAAAACACCGUUCAAGGGCUCGACAAGGCUGUCGAAAACCUGCCCGCCACGGUUAACGAGGCGUAUGAGAAGAUUUUAAGCCGAUCCAGCCACCCAACAGAAACCAGGAAAGCUAUCCUCAUCCUCCUCGCGGCGUACCGGCCGCUCACCCUUCACGAGAUGCAAGUUGCAGUCGGCCUGGACACCGACAGUACCAGCCUGCAAAGCCUUGAUUUGGAGCCCGACGAGAGCUUCGGACGACGUCUCCGAGACUGGUGUGGUCUGUUCAUCACGGUGCAUGAUGACAAAGUUUACUUCCUCCACCAAACGGCGAGGGAGUUUCUCCUCCCUCUUGCUGCGUCCUUGCCGGCUCCUCCUAGCACCACAACAUGGGCGCAUGCUUUCACCAUUCGCCAAGCACACACGGUUCUUGCCGAAUCUUGUACCGUGUAUCUCGACCUCCGAACCGACGAAAACGUGGAAGCCGACUUUUUAAAUUAUUCUGCCAAAAAUUGGGGUGCUCAUUUCCGGGAGGCUAAUAUCGUCGAUGGUGCUGCUAUUAUACCUUUCGCCUUAAGGGUUUGUGAUCCAAAUUCGAAGUGCCAUUCGGCGUGGUUCGAUAUCUAUUGGCAGUUAGAGAUGCAGAGCUCCUACAGCGGUUUUACAAAUCUUAUCAUAGCGUCGUAUUUUGGGCACGAGGCCGUGGUCAAGCUGCUGCUCGAUACAGGCAAGGUCGACGUCGACAGCAAGGACGACGAGUACGGGCAGACGCCGCUAUCGUGGGCCGCGCUUAACGGGCAUGAGGCCGUGGUCAAGCUGCUGUUCGAUACAGGCAAGGUCGACGUCGACAGCAAGGACGAUUACGGGCGGACGCCGCUAUCGUAUGCCGCGCUUAACGGGCAUAAGGCCGUGGUUAAGCAGCUGCUCGAUACAGGCAAGGUCGACGUCGACAGCAAGGACGACGAGUACGGGCAGACGCCGCUAUUGUGGGCCGCGCUUAACGGGCACGAAGCCGUGGUUAAACAGCUGCUCGAUACAGGCAAGGUCGACGUCGACAGCAAGGACAAUAACGGGCAGACGCCGCUAUCGUAUGCCGCGGAGAACGGGCACAAGGCCGUGGUCAAGCUGCUGUCGAAGAAUGGGGACGGACUCGUUGCGAAACUUCCCGAAUAA